GUUUUAUCUUGCACCGUUAUAGGGUUAUAUAUUGGGUUUAUCUUGUUAUAGGGUUAUAAGUGGUGAGAGUGGAAGUGGAAAGACAUAUUCCGCUAUGUUGCUAUUACGUCAUUUAUUUGACGUUGCAGGAGGCGGGCCUGAAACGGACGCUUUUAAACACCUAGCGGCGGCUUUAACAGUUCUUCGCUCACUGGGAAGUGCCAAAACAACUUCAAAUUCUGAAUCUAGUCGUAUUGGUCAUUUCAUCGAAGUACAAGUUACUGAUGGCGCCCUCUAUAGGACAAAAAUUCAUUGUUAUUUCUUGGACCAGACUCGGGUUGCAAGACCACUGUCUAAUGAAAAAAAUUAUCACAUAUUUUACCAACUUUUGGCAGGAUUAACUCAGGAAGAAAGGGUAAAACUCGGUCUAGAUGGAUACAGUAUGCACAACUUGUGUUAUUUAAACAGCGGAGAUGUCGCACAAAGUGUUUUGGAAGACUCGACGAGAUUUCAAUCUUGGAAGACGUGUCUCUCUGUGCUUGGUAUCCCCUUCAUGGAUGUCCUCAGGGUAUUGGCAGCAGUAUUGUUACUAGGCAACAUCCAGUUUAUUGACAGACCAGGGCUAGACGUGGAUGUUGAUAAUGGAACAGAAGUUAAAACGGUGGCUUCUUUGCUUGGCUUGUCCAGUGUUUCGUUAUUUCAAGGGCUUACAUCACGCACACAUAAUAUACGAGGACAAAUAGUGAGGUCAGCAUCAAGUGCUUUAGUGGCUAGUGCCACUCGCGACGCUCUAGCGAAAGCACUCUACUGUCGAACUGUAGCCACCAUAGUAAGAAGAGCUAACAGCUUGAAGAGACUUGGACCAACGUCUGUGACCCUGAGCUCGGACAGCAAUGAAUCUGUUCAGAAUAACGCAGUGGAGACUGGCAGUCAACAUGCAUCUACUGUUGGCUCCAGAGGUGUCGGAUCAUCCAAGUCCAUGACUAUUCUAAACUCUGCUGUUCGUCAUGCCACAGAUGGGUUUAUAGGAAUUCUUGACAUGUUUGGAUUUGAAGCUAGCAAGCCUAGUCAGUUGGAACAUCUGUGUAUCAACCUGUGUGCAGAAACAAUGCAGCAUUUCUACAACACUCAUGUGUUUAAGAGUAGCAUUGAGUCUUGUCGAGAGGAAGGAGUCGAAAGUGAAGUAGAGGUGAACUACGUUGACAAUGUUCCUUGCAUCGAUCUUAUGUCAUCAUUGAGAACUGGCCUGUUGAGUAUGCUGGAUGUAGAGUGUUCAAUUCGUGGCUCAGCUGAGACAUAUGUUGAGAAAGUAAGGAACCAGCAUAAGACAAGUAUUAGGUUUUUUGACUUUAAAUCCACCAAUCCACAAAUGUUUGGGGUGAAACACUUUGCUGGAAAUGUUGUGUAUGAUGCUUCCAACUUCCUUCAAACAAACAGAGAUGUUGUACCGGACGAUGUGGUCUCUGUAUUCCACAAGACCAACUGUAACUUUGGUUUUGCCACACACUUGUUUGGCAGCGAACUAAGAGCUUUAUAUUCAGGAGACACUGUUCCUCGAGGUGUAUCCUUUAGGAUUUCUCCUACAUCCCACACUGACCUGCAGAAUGGUAAUGAACCCGUCUCUACGUUAACUCAAGACUUUCAUACUCGACUUGAUAAUCUGUUGAGAACUUUAGUUCAUGCCAAACCACAUUUUAUUCGUUGCAUAAAGUCCAAUGACUGUGAACAGCCAAACCAACUCGACAGAUGCAUUCUUACAAGACAGGUGCGGGCUCUACAGGUUUUGGAAACAGUUAACUUGAUGGCUGCAGGUUUUCCCCAUCGAAUGCGUUUCAAAGCAUUUAGUAAUCGUUACCGACUGCUGGCACCCUUUAAGAAGCUGCACCGUAAUGAAGAAAAGAUUGUGGAAGAUUGCUUGUUGGUUCUUGAAUGUUUCAUGCAAGCUAUUGAAAAGGUGAAACAGACAACAUCAGCAUCCACAUCUUGGGCAUUAGGAAAACGACAUAUUUUCCUCAGUGAGGGUGUACGCCAACAACUGGAAACUUUAAGAAUGGAGAGACAACACUAUGCAGCUGUACUUAUUCAGUCUGUCUGGAGAGGCUGGCACUUUCGGAGAGUUUGGCCUACAGUGCAACGUAGUCUCCGGAACUGGAAACACACAAACAGAAUACUACCUCAUCCUGUAACAACUGCACCAGUUGAUCAUGUGAGGCCACGACCUCAACCCAUUGCUGGCAUUCCUCUCCCAGACCUUGAGAGAGGUGGACAACAAUCCUGCUCUCUCUCUGGUAUUAACUUGUCUCGAGCCCCACCCGUACCACCAAGUCGUCCUUAUACUGUUGCAGGAAAUACAAAACUUGGUUAUCCUCAAACAAGAGUAAUGAAGAUGAACUUUCCUGAUGAUGGGAGUGGAGCCAUACAACUGUUAAAAGGAGAAACUGUUUGGGUUGUUGGGUCCUCAUCAAGGCGAGGUCAUCUGCUGGUGGAACACAAUAACCAAACAAUACAUGUACCAUACCAGUUUCUGGAACUGAAACCUGUACCUUAAACUGUUGCCUGUUGAGAAGAACUACAGACUAUGAAAUGUGUAUCACCUAUUCUCAUUCAUGAAACUAGAGAAGUUACAGCUUCUCGUUUACCCAACUGAAACUAGGGAAGUUACAGCUUCUUGUUUAUACAACUGUAACUAGGAAAGUUACAGCUUCUUGUUUACCCAACUGUAACUAGGGAAGUUACAGCUUCCUGUUUAUACAACUGAAACUAGGGAAGUUACAGCUUCGUUUUAGACAACUGUAACUAGUGAAGUAAGAGCUUCUUUUUUAGACAACUGUAGCUAGAGAAGUAACAGCUUCUUGUUUACUCAAUUGUAACUAAGGAAGUUACAGCUUCUUGUUUAUCCAACUUCAGCUGUGGAAAUAACAGCUUCUUGUUUACCAAACUGUAACUAGAGAAGUAACAGCUUCUUCUUUACCCAGCUGAAACUAGGGAAGUAACAGCUUCUUGUUUAUCCAACUUCAGCUGUGGAAAUAACAGCUUCUUGUUUACCAAACUGUAACUAGGGAAGUAACAGUUUCUUCUUUACCCAACUGAAACUAGGGAAGUAACAGCUUCUUGUUUACCCAACUUUAACUAGGGAUGUUACACCUUCGUAUUUACCCAACUGUAAUUAGGAAAGUAACAGCUUCUUGUUUACCCAACUGUAACUAGGAAGUAACUGCUUCAUGUUUACCCAAUUGAAACUAGAGAAGUUACAGCUUCUUGUUUACCCAACUGAAACUAGGGAAGUUACAGCUUCUUGUUUACCCAACUUUAACUGGGGAAGUAACAACUUUUUGUUUUCUCAACUGAAACUAGGUAAGUUACAGCUUCUUGUUUACCAAACUUUAACUAGGGAAGUAACAGCUUCUUGUUUACCCAACUGUAACUAGGGAUGUUACACCUUCGUAUUUACCCAACUGUAACUAGGAAAGUAACUGCUUCAUGUUUACCCAACUGUAACUAGGGAAGUUACAGCUUCUUGGUCACCCAACUGUAACUAGGGAAGUAACUGCUUUAUGUUUACCCAAUUGAAACUAGAGUAGUUACAGCUUCUUGUUUACCCAACUGUAACUAGGGAAGUUACAACUUCCUAUUUACCCAACUUUAACUAAGGAAGUAACAGCUGCUUGUUUACCCAACUGAAAUUAGGGAAGUUGCACUUUGUAAAACAGCCUCUAAACUGAUUGUUUUAGACUUUUUUAAAACCUUUUUUUGGAGAUUUAUUAGAGUUUCUGAGAUAUGAUAUAUAAGCCUAAUAUUGAGUCAUUCUUGUGGUUGGAAGUUGUAAAAACUAUUACUAUAUUACUUUUAACAUGAACCCACCUACUUUGGU